AAUUUUUGUGUGUUGAGUGUGUUGCUUUGCUCCUAUUUCUGGAAUAAUUAUUCAUUCGUUUUAUAAUAUUUUAUGGCGUGUAUUUCGUUUUUAGUUAAGUCGAAUUGAAGAGUAAUCAACUCGUCAUUUCUACCACUUCUUGGUUGAGUUAAAAAAGCACAGUUUGGAAAGUACAGCUUACUUUUGGGCUGUAACAUUUUGGUGAUAAACCAACGUUGUCAUCGAAUUCAUUUCACUGAAGAUACGGCACCCGGUAGUCGGUAUGCCCGAUAAUAGAUUUUUAACAAGGUGCAAAGAGAAAAGCUGUUCUCACAGCGAGAGAGCUUCGUCGGAAACCAGAGAAUUCAAAGAUCUCACCAAACGCGAUGCUCUCAACCAUUUGAGAGCUGAUGUCGAAAAACUCAUCUCUACCGUACCUGAAGAUCAAACCGAAGCAGCUAAAAAGAAUUUCGCCGGCUUUAUUACCUACUACGAACAAUUUCUAAAAGGAGAUGGAGCUGUUGUCGAUUGGAAUAAAAUUGAAAAACUACCCGAAGAUGCGGUUAUCGAUUAUUGUUCUCUGAAUGCGCCGAGUAAAGAUAAAAUCAAAUCUAUUUUGAAUAAACUGGUGGUAGUAAAACUGAAUGGAGGUCUUGGUACGUCGAUGGGUAUGAAUGGUCCAAAGUCCACGGUUGCUGUUCGUGAUGAGUUAACUUUUCUAGAUCUUACCGUACAACAAAUUGAGCAUUUAAACAAGAAAUAUGGUUCCAACGUUCCCCUAGUUUUAAUGAAUUCGUUUAAUACGGACGAAGAAAUUCAUAAAGUGAUCAAAAAAUAUAAUGGACUUAAUAUACAAAUAUACACCUUCAAUCAAAGCUGGUACCCUCGUAUUUGUAAAGAAACUUUGUUACCUAUUGCAACUGAUUGCGACAUUGAUUCCGAUAAAGAAGCAUGGUAUCCCCCAGGACACGGAGAUUUUUAUGCUAGCUUCAAUAAUUCCGGUUUAUUAGAUAGAUUUAUCCAAGAGGGUUUCGAGUACUGUUUUAUAUCCAACAUCGAUAACUUAGGAGCUACCGUUGAUAUAAAUAUUUUAGAAUUAUUGGUGAACUCAUCGCCUACGAAAGAGAUUGUGAUUGAAUUGACCGAAAAAACCAGAGCUGAUGUCAAGGGAGGUACUAUUAUUCGAUACGAAGAUAAAUUACGUCUAUUAGAAUUGAUACAAGUGCCCAAAGAACACAUAGAAGAUUUCAAAUCGGUCAAGUAUUUCAAAUAUUUCAACACGAAUAACAUAUGGAUCAAUUUGUCUGCCAUGAAGAAGAAAGUUGACGAAGGUUUAAUCGAUUUAGAAGUGAUGGUGAACCCCAAAACGACUUUGAAUAAUAUCAACGUUAUUCAAUUAGAAACUGCAGUUGGUGCUGCGAUGAAAUCUUUCAAUGGUAGCUUGGGCAUCAACGUUCCUAGAAGCAGAUUUUUGCCGGUGAAAAAAACUCAAGAUUUAUUAUUGGUUAUGAGUAAUUUGUACGUGUUGAAAAACGCCUUUUUAACUAUGAGUCCACAACGUGCGUUCCCCACAACACCUGUUGUCAAGUUAGGGGAUCAUUUUUCCAAGAUCAAAGAUUUCUUCAAAAGGUUCAAAAAGAUUCCCGAUAUUAUCGAAUUGGAUCAUCUUACAGUAUCUGGAGACGUUACGUUUGGAAAAGGCGUUUCAUUGAGAGGAACUGUGAUUGUCAUCGCUAAUCAUGGAGAGAGGAUCGAUAUCCCCGAUGGUGCCGUUUUGGAAAAUAAAAUUGUAUCGGGAAAUUUGAGAAUUUUAGAGCAUUGAUAGAGAUAUGAUAUAUGGUUUUUAGCAUCUGCCUUCAUUUGAUGAAUUCUUGAUCAUUUUCAACUUCUAAAAUAGUCUUUUUCAAGUUAUUCGACCCAACACCCAGCACUCCCAGCAGCUAUAUUGAAAAAGACAAUAAAAUUUGUAUCAUCGAUUGCGAUAUUAUUUGCUUUUUUGAAGAAAGUUUUUGGAGAUAAGAGUUACCAUUUAACCAACAAUUCGUAGUACUUUCAUUGUAUUCCAGAUACGUGUUAUUUGUAAUAGCUUUCAUAUUAUGUUUAUUGAAUUGUUACCUUUCUAUUUAUUGUUUAUUAAUUUAUGAAACCGUUUUUAUCAAAAAUAUUUAAAGUUGUAGUCUGAUUGAGGCAUUUUUUUUCUCAAAUAAAUUAAAUUAUAUUUUACAACUUUUUUCAAAAGAAGGUAUUUACAAAAAUACAAAAUAAAUUAACUACCGAAUUAGUACAUAUUUUCACGGUGAAUUCGACUAUUUAAUUGACGAUUGAUUAAAAUCCUUAUUGAAUACGAUGUUCAAGUUUUGCUAACUCACGCCAGGUUCGUUCUUGAUUAAAAUAAUUUUUUCUUUUCCAUCGUCAGCGAGAAAUACUUCAUCUUCAGCGGUCACUUCAUCGACAUGGCCUUCCGAUUCCAUUUUAAUUUGUGGAAUUAACAGUGUGUCAGUCUAGGGAAGAAAAACAGCGAGUUAGUAUCUCUCGAAUUUUCGACCUAUGUCGCAAUAUUGGUACAGAAAAUACGACACUUACCGGAAAAUCAUCAGUCUCGUUGCCCAUCGAUGAACCUGGUACUCCAAAAUUACUCGUGGAACCACCGUCGUUCAUUUUUUUCACUUCGUAAGAAUGCAGCAAUGAUUUAAAACGUGUUUUUAAACUGCAAAUAAAUUGUUCGGUUUUCUUGGGCGCGUGAAUUAACAUGUGAGAUUCCAACGAUGCAGCUUUGUAAAAUGUUUUAUCGCAUUGAGUGCAAUUGUGUGUAGUUGGAUUUUCGUUUUCUAUGGGUUUUCGAUUUUGAGGAUGAAUUAACGCAUGCCGUAAGAGGGUUUUCUUCAAUUUGAAUCUUCUGUCGCAACGAAUACAAGCGUAAGGCUUGUUUUUCAUGUGAACUCGCAGAUGAGGUAUCAACGUAUCAUUUGUAGCGAACGAUUUGCCACAUGUUGGACAUUUAUACGGUCUUUCUUUAUCGUGAAGCUUUCGGUGCUUGAUCAAGGUAGCCUGGCGGAUGAAACUUUUAUCGCAGCAGUCACAAACGUAAGGAUUUUCCCCGAGAUGUUUCCUCACGUGAGUGAUUAGGGUUUUCUUUUCCAUGAACGAUAUUUUACAAUACGGGCAAGGAAAUGGAGCGUUGGUUGUGUGCUGGAGUUCAUGAACAAUCAAAUUUGAUUGAAGAGAAAAAGCUCUAAAACAAAAUUUACAGGUGAAGGUUUCUUCAGCGUGUAAUCGUUCGUGUACCGUUAGACUGCUCUGAUGAACGAAUGUUUUUUGACAAAAUUUACAGGCGAGUCGAACUUGAUUUCGAUGCACGAUGACAUGACGUAUUAUGUGUUUCUUUCUGAAAAAUGUUUUACCGCAAUCGUGACACGUAUAUGAUUUUUCGACUAAAUGUAUUUUAUUAUGCUUCGUCAGAAGUUGUUCGUUUUCGAAAGCUAAAUUACAUUCAAAACAAGCAAACGUUAUUGGUUUAUCUUCGUGCGUUUUUAUAUGACGAUUUAGAUUCCCGCGCGUGAAAAAAUACCUUCGACAGAUCGCACAGUAAAAUUUGCUUUUUUCUGCAAGAUGCUGCUGUUCGUGAUUUACUAAAUGAGGCUGACUGUCGAAAACUUCGUUACAAAUGACGCAAAAAUAUUUUUUCGGAUGGGUCGAAGCGUGCUUUUUCAGGCUGGUUUCAUCGUUGAAAAUUAAUUUGCAAACUUCACAAACCAAUUUCUUAGGGGGUUCUUUUUUGAUUCCGCUGUUCUGAGGAGACUCCAAUAGUUUUUUGAAAUUGUUUCUCAUUAGUUUCACAAUGGAAUUCAGUUCCGGCAUUUUACACAUGUUGAUAUCGAAUUCAUCAUUCUCCAGCUUAUUUUCUUCUGAAGUGGGUAUAAUAACAUCGUCAUCUGUUUCCUCGAGCUCAGAUCUGAGAAAUAUUUCAUUUGCCAAGGAUUCCUCGUCGGGGCAUUG